GUCAUUUAUCAACAGGGAAGCACUGCUGGAUCCAUAUCUAUCUAGAUAUAGUGUCAUCAUUGUCGACGAAGCUCAUGAAAGAACAGUCCAUACUGAUGUGUUAUUGGGGUUGUUAAAAAAUGUGCAGUUUGUAAGAUCACGUUCUACUAUCAAGCAGCAUAAUUUUGACAACAAAUCUGAGGUGUCUAAUAAAGAAGAUAAGACUCAAUGCUUCAGUACUUUAAGAGCAUGUCAGGGUGCAAAAUUCACCUCCCUAAAGUUGAUAAUAAUGUCUGCUAGUUUGGACGCAAGGGGUUUUUCUGAAUACUUUGGCGGUGCAAAAGCUGUACACAUUCAAGGAAGGCAGUACCCUGUGGAUAUACUGUAUACAUAUCAACCUGAGCCAGAUUAUAUAGAUGCCACCCUAAUUACUAUUUUUCAGAUCCAUCUAGAGGAGGGUCCUGGAGAUAUUCUUGCGUUUUUGACUGGGCAAGAGGAGAUUGAAGCAGUAGAGAGGCUUGUUCAUGAGCGCAUUACCAGCUACCUAAAGGCAGUCAAAAAACUCAUAACUGUACUUAUGUACUCAUCUCUUCCUUCAGAUCUGCAAAUGAAUGCCUUCAAGCCAGCCCCUUAUGGUUGUCGCAAGGUCAUACUAGCAACAAAUAUUGCGGAGACUUCUGUUACAAUACCCGGCAUCAAGUAUGUUAUAGACCCAGGACUGGUGAAAGCUCGUUCAUACAACCCAGUAACAGGGAUGGAGUCAUUGAUCAUCAUUCCAACCUCAAAAGCACAGGCUCUUCAAAGGAGUGGUCGCGCUGGACGAGAGGGCCCAGGGAAAUGCUUCCGAUUGUACCCAGAAAGUGAAUUUGGUAAACUUAUGGAUUCGACUGUUCCAGAGAUAAAGAGGUGCAACCUCUCAAAUGUUGUGCUACAACUGAAAGCCCUAGGUGUUGAUGAUAUUAUAGGGUUUGAUUUCAUGGAAAAGCCUUCAAGGAUGGCUAUUGUGAAAUCUUUGGAGCAAUUACUCCUCCUAGGGGCUUUAACUGAUGAUUAUAGACUAUCAGAUCCAAUUGGUCAUCAGAUGGCUCGGCUACCAUUGGACCCUAUGUAUUCGAAGGCGCUGAUCUUGGCUAGUCAAUUCAAGUGCAUGGAAGAAAUGCUGAUAGUGGUUGCGAUGCUUUCAGUGGAAUCUAUUUUUUAUUUUCCUCGUGAGAAGAUGGAAGAGGCAAAAGCUGCAAGGAAGAAAUUUUCAAGCCCUGAAGGGGACCAUAUAUCCCUGGUGAAUGUAUAUCGGGCUUCUGCAGAAUGCUUAGAGAAGAGCAGAACAGCAAAUAGUAAAGAAAAAAAAUUUGAAAAAGCUCUAAGGAAAUGGUGCAGGGAGAACUUCAUCAAUUACCGGUCUCUAAGACAUGCACAAGAUGUUCACAGUCAAAUUCAAGGGCAUAUCCAGCAAAUGGGUCUAUCUCUAUCAUCAUGUGGAGAUGACAUGCUUCAGUUCCGCAGAUGCCUUACAGCCUCAUUCUUCCUCAAUGCAGCACUGAAGCAACCAGAUGGAUCAUACAGGGCUAUGUGGAGCAGUCAAACUGUACAGAUACAUCCUUCUUCAGUUCUGUUCCGGACAAAGUCAGAGUGUAUCAUCUUCAAUGAGUUGGUUCGAACAAAUCAAAACUAUGUUCGUAACUUAACAAGAGUAGAUCCCCUGUGGUUACCAGAACUAGCUCCUCAGUAUUAUGCUGUAGAAAAUUAAUGUUUUUUUUUUGGAUCAAAUUUUAAAUUUUUGAUUGAUCCAUUUAUGUGUAGAUCCAUUCUUAAUUAUCUCUUGUAUCAUGCUUUGCAGUAAUUUCCUGCAAUCUUCUCGAAAAUAUGUGUUCGUUUCAAUCUA